CUUGUGCCUGCCUCGGUCGAGCGAACAGACUCAACAAUGAUUCGGAGCAGUGCAUUCACUUACAUUUCGAUUUCUCUUGCGCGUGUGGGUUUUCGCGUACGUUGCUUCGGGACCCACAAUUUGUAGCUCUGUACUUCACAAGAGAAAUUGAGAUCGCAACCUCGUGUUUCCUGUUGAAUCCAGACGUUCAGUCUCGGUGUUUCGGUGGGGCAAUCCUGCGGAGGUAUUUAACCAGGUGACCGAAUCUUGAUGGUUGUGUAGGUGUAUGAAGGUGUCACAUUAUUGAGUUGUUUCGCAUACGCAGAAAGCGUUAGUGGGUGGUGAGUCUGAUACAAUCGUCUUUUUUCGAAGUAAAGUGAACGACGGCCGCGGCUCUGUGAAACCCUGAGCUCUGGAGUUAACGCAGCAGCAACUGAGAGUCUUUGCAGGUGCGGUUUGGAGGUCACGCAAUUGGAAUCAAGCCCGAAAGCUUUUUCUGACUUCGGGGAGGACUCGAGAGAGAAGGAAUUCGAAUAAGCCAUCUUUAGGCGUCGAAGCAUCAUCUUCUUUUACAAUGGCAGACAGUCUAGUUCAGCAUCGUGGGGGCUGUCAUUGUGGGGGUGUGCGGUUUGAGGUGAUGGCUCCGGCAAGCGUAGUUGCGUGGAAUUGCAACUGCUCUAAUUGUGCGAUGCGAGGAAACAUUCACUUUAUUGUUCCCAACGGUGAUUUCAAGCUUGAAGAGUCGUCCAAAGAUUAUUUGACUCUCUAUACCUUCAACACCCACAUAGCAAAGCAUUACUUCUGCAAAGUGUGUGGCAUCACUUCAUUCUAUAUCCCUCGCUCCAAUCCAGAUGGGGUGGCUGUGACUGUUAAAUGCGUCGAUCCAGGCACUCUAGCUAGUGUUGAAAUUAAGACCUUUGAUGGGCAGAAUUGGGAGGCUAGCUACGCGAAGUCUGGAAUCGCUGCUGCUUCCGAACCAUGCCAAACAAAACCGUGAGGCAUCCCAGGACAGCCUGAUAUCCUUUCCACUUUCUUUGAAUGAUAUGCUUUUUCUUUUUUGACUUGGACUGGACUUUUCGCUUCUCCUUAUUUUAGAUCAAGCUGGACAGAUUUGGGUUAUUAUUAUCGUAGAAUCCUUAACGUCUUGUUUAAGAAAAGCUUAGAGUCGGUGAGACAGUGUCUACAUUAAAGUACUUGUCUUGGUGCAUUCUGCCGGCAUUUAUGGCAGCUCAAUACACAAAUAUAUGGGAUCGCUUUCCCAUUAGUGACUAGCUGUG